AUGAGGCUCUCAUUCCUCGCCUUCUCGGCUCUGCUGUCGGUGAUUGUCGCUCAGGAUACCACCACCACUGUUGCAGGCCUUACCAGUGCUGAAGGAACCUCUCCCACCAGCACAAGUACACAACCCAUCACGGUAACGGUGGCCGUCGGAAAUGGAGGGAAUACCUUUGUCCCAGAUGUGGUUCAGGUUUCGCCUGGAAACUAUGUUGAAUUCGACUUUUAUCCCUUGAAUCACUCGGUCAUCCGGGCGGCAUACAUGUACCCGUGUGUGCCUUAUGAGUUGACGGGUCCGGAUAGAGUUGGAUUCUUCUCUGGCUUUUACCCUGUCGACGCCAUCCUCGGCGACCCGCCCAAGUGGACUCUUUUGAUCAACGACACCGAUCCCGUCUUCUACUAUUGCGGUGCCCCAGGCUCAUGUAUCGGCUACCAGAUGGUCGGGGUCAUCAACCCCAAUGCCAGCCAAUCUCUACAAGUUCAGAAACAAUAUGCCGCAAACUCCUCCUUUAUGCUGGAGCCCGGUGAGAGUUGGCCCGCCGAGGAAGAUCCUUUCGCGACCACUUCUACGUCGACAUCCACGGCGACUGCGACGUACACCACGACAUUCACUACGUCGACUGUGUCUCCGACGCCGACAUCUGCUACCCCGACCGCGGUCGCGAGCGAAUCCGGCCACUCAACGCUAUCGACGGGGGCCAUUGCAGGAAUUGCUAUAGGAGGAGCAGCAGUCGUCAUCGCAGCCGCGGUCUUGUUAUUCUUCUGCGGUCGCCGGUCUAGACCCAAAGACGGCGGCGACCCACCGGCCGCGUCGACUCCUGCGAUGGGCCCGAUCGCCAGUCCGCCGGCGUACAUUCCCCCUAACAGCUACGGCUACAUGUCACCCACACAGAAACACAUGUCGGUGACCUCGAUGCCCACGACCGACGCCUUCGGCAACGCCGUUCCGAGCGGCGGCAUGCUCCCUUAUCCGCAAGCCUUCCCGCAAGGAGGCUAUCCCGUGCACCAGCAGAUGCCGCCGCCCCAGAACCUGAUGGGGAACCCGGGCCAGCCGCAAUCGCUGCACCCUCCGCAAUGGCCGCCCUCCCCCUCCAACGACAUUUUCGGCGCCGCCUCUCCAGCCGCGCCCGUACCGGGCUUAUACCAGGUGCACGACGCCCAACACCACCAAGCACCACUGGCGGGCAGCGCCAUCGCCACAGAGACCGCGUCCAUGCGAGCAAGCAGUCCGAACUCCAUCGCCGGUGGAGGGGGAGGAGGAGGAGGCAUUGAAGCGUUCCUUCAGCGCCAGUCACGCAUGAGUCCUCCGCCAGAGAACGAGGUGCAGCAGCAGCAGCAGCAGGCCGCUCCCCUUCCUCCUCCGAUUUUGACGUCCGGUCCAUAUGAAAUGUCCGCGACCGGGACCAUGCACCGGUUUUCCUAG